AUGCAGGCAGCCCAUGCUGCACGAAGAAGAGCGGGCGACGCUGGAGCCCGCAGUGGUGGUGGCCAGCGCACGCCAGGCGCAUUGGACGAAUACCCGCAAGUGCCCAAGAACAGUAAACCGGCAGGGGAGGUUGCGCUGGACCCGUGGUGCGCUGAAUACAAGGAGAAAAAGGCGGAAGCGAAACGCCAGGGGCGUCGCAUGCUCGCCGAUGACAUGGGUUGUGCCAAGUCGCCCACCGGCGGCAAGGAGUGCAAAGUUGGCCUGAAGACGGCGCAGCAGCGGCACCCGCAGCGUCACCGGCAUCGCCAUCACCUCUCCUGCGACUGCGACACCAACAAGCAGAUCAGCGUCCUCCGUCGCCAGCUCCAAGAAUCCCGGGUCACGCACGACCUGCUUCGUGCAGAGCUGACCAAGCGCACGCAGAUGGAAAACCUUGCAGCCGCUGUCAAUAUGAGCACGACUGGGAUCCAUCGCUGGAGCGGCGGCCACCUGCGAACGGCAAAGGCGUGCUUUGAGUUUUCCGUCUCCUGUGCGCCUGACGACGUCAUUGCGCUCGUGUGUCUGUCUGCGCUUCUGGACACACACCCGGACCUCGGGCCCGUUGUCUCCAGCACGCUUGUCACCGCACGCUAUCACGUGCAAGCGCAGCAGGCGCCCAACGUGUCGAAGGAGGUGUGCGUGCGUCGCCUGAUGCAAGAGCUGAACCAGCCGCACGUGCGGGGCGCGGAUCGGCGGUUUGUGCAGGCGGCACUUGGCCUGGUGCACGCGGUGUGCAACAUGAACCUUGCCGCAGCACGGCACCACCUGCUCAAGGCAGCACAGGUGGACAUGUGGGAGGCGGAGGAGGAGGAAGAGCAAGAAGAUGAAUGGGAGGAGGAAGACGUGGGCGGGGAAGAGCAAGAACAAGAAGAACAAGAACAAGAAGAACAAGGAGGAGAAGAACAAGGAACUGAAGGAGAAACAGAAGAGGAGGUGGAAGAAGAGGGAGGGAAGAGGGAAGGAAAGGGUCGCCACAGUGGUGGUGGCGAAGGUGGCGAUGGAAACGAGGAAGAGCAGGAGCAGGAGCAGCAGGAGCCGGGUGGCACACUUUGGACUCACCAGCCCACACAUGGUGGUGGUGGUGGGGAUGGCCUGGCAGAGGAUGAAGAAGAAGCUGUGGACGCGAUUCUUGCUGCCAUUGGCGCUGAAAGCGACGGAGACGGCCAUGAUGAUGAUGAUGAUGAUGAUGAUGAUGAUGAUGAUGAUGAUGAUGAUGAUGAUGAUGCUGUUGGUAGCCGCGAUGGUGAUGGUUUUCAUGGUGGUGACAGUGAUGAUGGGGAUGAAUACGACGACGCCCCCGGUGUCCACUACGACAACAACAUCUGUAAGCGCAGCAGAAGCGAGGAGACGGGAGAUGGGGCAGACACGACGGCGGUGAUGCAAGAGGAAGAAGACAAGGAAGAGAAGCCACAGAAGGACAAGAAGUCAAAGAAGGACAAGAAGACAAGGAAGGAAGAGAAGACAAAGAAGGAGAAGAGAAAGAGGACAAGGAAGGACAAGGCAGAGGCGAAGAACAUCAAUCACGAAGCGGCAGAAGCAAACGCAGCAACGGCGUCGACGGACAAGAAGGAGAAGAAGACAAAGAAGAAGUCACGCCUGAAGAUCACGCUGCUAAAGAGCAAGAGCAAGAGCAGCAGCAGCAAAGACAGCAAGAACAGCGGCAAGGCGCGCGCCGUGACAGCUGCGGCGGCGAACCAGGAGAACAACUGCAACAGAGCCACCACUGCCACUGCCAACAACCGUGACGCCACGAAUGCUAGUAACAGCAGCAACAGCACUGCCAAUGACGGUGCGGGUGAGGUGACAGCGCUUGUGCCGGCAUUUUCAAACCCAGCGGACAUGCGGCGCUGCCUCGAAGGCAAAGGCUCGAGCUCACAGGACCACAAGGGGUGCAACGUGCUGGCGCUGAGCACCCUGGCAAAGGCAGCCGCACACGGGCUGUAUGGCUUCCCCGCCAACAACAGCAAGGCGUGCGAACUUGCACUCCGUGCAGCGAUGAUGGGCGACGCAAGCAGCCAGUUCCAGCUGGGCGUGGUGGCGAGCAACGGCCUUCUCGGUGGCAGCACACGCAGCGCGGCCUACGCCUUUGCGUGGUACAGACAGGCGGCAGACAGGCACCUCCCACAGGCCCUGGUGAACCUUGGCAACUGCCACGCAACGGGCACGGGCACAGCGCCCAACGCCAGCAAGGCGGUGGAGUGCUAUCGGCAGGCGGCGCAGCGCGGGCACGCCGCGGGUGCGUUCAACCUGGCCAUGUGUUACCGCCACGGUCGCGGUGUGAAGCGGUCGACAAGCAAGACGAUCAAGUGGCUGACGCGCGGCGCAGAGGGAGGCCACGCUGCCUCCCAAUACGAACUCGGCAUCCUCCUCACAGAUGGUGUACACGGCAACAGCAACAGCAACAGCGGCGGUGGCGGCGGCGGCGGUGGUGGUGGGCAGAAGCAGGUGUCACAGGGCAUGGUGUGGCUGAAGCGCGCAGCAGAGCAGGACCACAUCAAGGCCAUGUCCGCCCUCGUCGCCCUGCUGAUGUCAAGCAGAGAUCGGGCCCGCCGGCGCGAGGGAAAGCGGUGGCUGAAGCGCAUCAAGGCGCUCGCAGCACAGCAGUCCACCUCCUACCCAACUACCGCCAAUGCCAGGCGCAGGAGAAAGAGGGAACAGGAGAGGACCGCAGAAGCACGCGCGCAACAGGCGACCACGGCCCUGACAGACAGGACUGCCGCUGCUGUUCGAGGGAACGACCAACGCGGCGGUGUGGCGUUGAAGGUGAAGCGUGAUGCACACGGCAGGGCGUCCACAGACACCUUUAUUGAAUGCGACACUUCACCUCUUCGCUGCGGGCGUCCCGCGGUUGUUGGGGAUGGUGCUGGUGACACGAUCGCACACGGUGGCGGUGUGGUUGCAGGCAAGCUGCUUCCCUCUUCUUCCUCUUCCUCUUCUUCCUCGUCCUCCUCUUCUUCUUCACCAUUGCCUUCGUCUGCGUUAUGUGCGUGAGCCGUUGAUGCUACUGUUACUACUCAAUCACGACUGUGCUCCAUUGCGCGCGUGCAUGCAUGUGUGUGAACGCGAGCCCAAUGAACGAAUGAAUGAAACACAACGUG